UCUCACUGACCGUCAAACGCUCCAGACGCGUUUCCACCGGACUGGUGCAGCGGUUCAGUGCCUUUCAAAGAUGAGCUUCAUCUGUUGUUGGUGUGGCCUUGGUGCGGUGGUCAUGACUGAAUGCCAGCAGUGAUCUGCCUCUUUACGGUCUGAAAAUACCAACAGCAGAUUUGUGGAUUCAUUAUCUGGGCCUAAUCAUGUUCCACCUGAAGAAGAAAGAUAAAGACAAGAAUAAAGAUGGAGCAAAGAAGGAGAAAAAAGAGAAGAAAGAGAAGAAAGAACGGAUGUCUCAGGCUGAGCUGAAGAGUUUAGAGGAAGUGGGCAUGAGGAGAGGUUUAUUUAACCUUCAUCGAAGCGGAUCUAAACAGGAUUCCAAAGGGAAGUUGGAGAUCUCUAACCCCAUCCCCAUCAAAGUGGUCAGAAACACAGAGCUCAGUCUGGCAGACUUGGACAUUGAGAAAGUUUUUAGUCAAGGUCACGUGAUCACCACAAGUUCCUGUGAUGACAUUGAAGGGGUGCAAGAGAGUGUUAAGGAACAGCUGGCCAAGUUUGGGACUCCGACAAAGCAGAACUCCCAGGUGGGGCAAAUCAUAAAGCAAUUUUCUUUCUCACAGAAGAGCAAAGACGAAAGUCCCUCAGGGUCAGCUGCACCAUCAAGGCAGAACUCAGCCAAUCCGUUGCCUCAAAUUGAGGUUAAAGUAUUCAAUUCGCAGCCUCUAUAUAGGUCCCACCCAGUCACCCCUGUUAAGAAGGUCCAGAUCCCUGAGAUAAUUGAUAGAACAUUCCCAGAAGACCUGCACUUGCCUGAUCUGGCACCCCCACAAGUUCCUGCGCCUAGAGAGUUGGAACUUCAGCGACGCAACACGGGGGAUUUUGGCUUUUCCCUUCGUCGCACCACCAUUGUGGACCAGCGGCCCAAUGGGUCAAUUUACCGAAGAGUGGUCCACUUUGCUGAACCUGGUGCUGGGAAUAAAGACCUCACUUUGGGGCUGGUGCCAGGUGACCGCCUAGUGGAGAUCAAUGGGCAGAAUGUGGAAAGUAAAAACAGAGAUGAGAUUGUGGAGAUGAUAAGGCAGUCUGGAGAGACGGUGCGUCUAAAGGUGCAGCCAAUUGUUGAGUUGAGUGAGCUGAGUCGCUGCUGGUUGAGGAACUCCAGAGGCCCAUACCGGGAUGUUUACGAGGUGAAAACAGAGGAGCAGCUUGCUGCAGAAAAGGCCUGGUACAACACUGAGAAGCUGUGGCUAGUCCAUAAAGAUGGCUGCUCUCUGGCGACACAACUCAAGACAGAUCAGGGCUCUCUUCUAGAGGGAAAAGUAAAGGUCAGACUGGAGCAUGAUGGAACAUCACUGGAAGUUGACGAGGAUGAUGUGGAGAAGGCGAAUCCACUGUCGUAUGAUAGAGUGGCGGAUCUGUCCUCUCUCCUUUACCUCAAUGAGUCCAGCAUUCUUCACAGUCUGCGUCAGCGCUAUGGCAGUAACCUGAUUCACACCUACGCUGGGCCCAACCUACUGGUGAUCAAUCCUCUUAGCACCCCUGCCAUGUACUCGGAGAAGGUGAUGCAGAUGUUUAAGGGAUGCCGGAGGGAGGAAACAGCCCCUCACAUCUUUGCUAUUGCGCAGUCUGCAUAUCAUAAGCUGCUGACCACACAUCAGGACCAGGCUAUUGUGCUGCUGGGCAGGAGUGGUAGUGGAAAGACCACAAGCUGCCAGCAUCUGCUGCAGUACCUAGUCACCAUCGCAGCGGGCAGUGGGAAAGUGUACUCCGCUGAGAAAUGGCAGGCUGUCUACACGGUUCUGGAGGCAUUUGGGAACUGCAGUACAGCCAUGAACGGGAAUGCCAGCCGUUUCUCACACAUAGUCUCUCUCAACUUUGACCAGGCAGGACAGGUGGCUUCUGCAUCUGUUCAGACCAUGUUGCUGGAGAAGUUCAGGGUAACAAGACGACCAGAGGCAGAGUCAAGCUUUAAUGUGUUUUACUAUCUGAUGGCUGGAGCAGAUGCAUCUUUAAAAACUGAACUGCACUUCAAUCACUUUGCUGAGAACAGUGCUUUUGGACUCCUUCCGCCCUCAAAGCCUGCGGACAAGCAGAAAGCUGCACAGCAGUUCACUAAGCUACAAGCUGCCAUGAAGGUCCUGGGUAUCUCUGGUGAAGAGCAGAGAACAGUGUGGCUAAUCUUAGGGGCCAUAUACCACCUCGGUGCAGCUGGGGCCACCAAAGUUUCUGUCAUAGAUGAGAAGGCAGGCCGAAAGCAGUUUGCCAGGCACGAGUGGGCACAAAAAGCUUCAUAUCUCCUGGGCUGCACACUGGAAGAGCUCUCGUCCGCCAUCUUUAAACCACAGGGCAAGGGCUCCCUGCCCCGCUCCACCAGUAUCCGACAGGGUACAGAUUAUACAGACAGCUUAGCAUCCAAAUCAACAGCAGCAGAUUGUUUAGAUUCCAUGGCGUCUGGUCUAUACUCCGAGCUUUUUACACUCCUCAUCUCUCUUAUUAACAAAGCUCUUAAGUCCAGUCAGCAUUCUCUCUGUUCUCUGCUGAUUGUGGACACCCCAGGAUUCCAGAAUCCCCAGCAGGUGAAGAGCCAGCGCGGGGCCACGUUUGAGGAGCUCUGUCAUAAUUAUGCUCAGGAACGCCUGCAGACACUUUUCCAAGAGCGAACGUUUGUACAGGAGCUGGAGCGUUACAAGGAGGAAAACAUUGAGAUCACAUUGGAUGACCUGGAGCCUAGCCCUUCUCGAUCAGUUGCUGUGAUUGAUCAGAUCUCUAGUCAGGCCCUGGUGCGUACGCUUUCCCAGACAGAUGAGGUGAGGGGUCUGUUCUGGUUGAUGGAGGAGGAAGUUCUGCUGCCAGGAGGAUCUGAGGACACACUCCUCCAAAGACUCUUCAAUUACUACAGCCCUGCAGAGGGGGAGACCAAAGGUCACACUGUGCUGCUAAAGAGUGAAAACACGCAUCACUUCCUGCUCGGCCACAGUCAUGGGACAGAUUGGGUGGAAUAUGACACAAAUGGUUGGCUGAACCUUGCCAAGCUAAAUCCCACUCCGCAGAGUGCAGCCAAUCUGCUUGCGAAUUCCCAGAAAAAGAGCAUUAGUGGGUUGUUUGUGGGCCGCUCCAGCAAUGCUGCGGUUCUGACCGGCUCUAUUGCUGGACUGGAGGGCGUCUCUCAGCUCACGAUGCGUCGAGCCACCAGCAUGAGAAAGACCUUCACUACAGGCAUGGGUGCGGUCAAGAAGAAGUCUCUCUGCCUUCAGGUUAAACUUCAAGUGGAUGCACUGUUGGACACAGUCCACAGAUCCAGAGUUCACUUUGUGCACUGUCUUUUACCCCGAGCGGAGGUGCUUCAUGCAGCAGGAUCCCCAGAGGCCUUGGGGGAAAGCUGUGACCCUGGACUCAUGCAGCUGGAUGUGGCUUUACUUAGAGCUCAGGUCCGUGGCUUCAAACUGCUGGACAGUUUGAGGAUUUACAGACAUGGUUACCCUGAUUACAUGGUCUUCUCUGAGUUCCGAAGACGCUUUGAUGUUUUGGCCCCUCACCUGACCAAGAAACUGGGCCGAAACGACAUAGUGAAUGAUGAGAAACGAGCGGUAGAGGAGCUUUUGGAGUCCCUGGAAUUGGAGAAGAGCAGCUAUUACAUGGGCCUGAGCAGGGUGUUCUUCAGGGCUGGAACUGUGGCUAAACUCGAGGGACAAAGGGAUGAACACACUAGACAGAACAUCACACUAUUCCAGGCAGCCUGCAGGGGGUACUUGUCCCGACAAGCCUUCAAGAAGAGGAAGAUCCAGGUUUUGGCCAUCCGUUGUCUCCAGAAGAACAUUAAGAAGAAUCACGGAGUGAAGGACUGGCCCUGGUGGAAGCUUUUCACUACCGUACGGCCUCUAGUAGAAGUUCAGCUCACCGAAGAACAGAUUCAAGGAAAAGAUGAGGAGAUCAUUCAUCUGAAGUUAAAGCUGGAGAAGGUAGAGAAGGAGAGAAAUGAGCUGCGACUGAACUCGGAUCAUUUGGAGAGCAGAAUCAUAGAGCUGACUGCAGAUCUUUCGGAUGAGAGGAACUCUGCGGAGUCUACAUCACAGCUGCUGGAGACUGAAACAAGUGAAAGGUUACGGCUUGAGAAGGACAUGAAGGAUAUGCAGGUGAAGUGUGAUGCUGUGAAGAAACAGAUGGAGUUCAUAGAGUUGGAUAUUAUGGAGGCCAGGCUCCUGCAUACAUCAGAACUCCACUGCGUGAUGGACGAAGAUGACGAUUCUGGUGGUGAAUGGAGGCUAAAAUAUGAACGAGCCAUAAGAGAUGCAGAAUUCACUAAGAAGAAACUCCAGCAGGAGCUGGAUGACAAGCUGGAGACAGAACAACAGAACAAAAGACACCUGGAGAGAAAAUUAGUAGACCUGCAGGCCGAUCAGAUGGAGUCCCAUCGAUCUCUCCAGCAGCUGAAGAAGAAAUGUCAGCGUCUGGCAGCUGAGCUGCAAGACACCAAACUGCACCUGGAAAAUCAAGAGGGACGCAACCAUGAGCUGGAAAGAAAACAGAGAAAGUUUGAUGUGGAGCAGAACCAGUUUCAUGAGGAACUACAGAGGGAGAGGAACCAGCGGGAGAAACUGGCCAGAGAGAGAGAUAUGUUAACUGGGGAAGUGUUUACAGUUAGACAACAGCUACAGGAAAAGGAAACAGAGCUGUGUGUGACAAGUCUGAAGCUGGAGAAGCUGGAUUGCGAGCUCCAGGACCUCUCUUCUCAGGAGUCAAAAGAAGAGGCCUCACUCGCAAAGGUUAAGAAACAACUGCGUGACCUAGAAGCCAAGGUCAAAGAUCAGGAGGAGGAGCUUGAUGAACAGGCUGGAACCAUUCAGAUGCUUGAGCAGGCUAAACUCCGGUUGGAAAUGGAAAUGGAGAGACUGAGACAAACACACUCUAAAGAGCUGGAUGGUAAAGACGAGGAGGUGGAGGAGAUUAGACUGUCCUGCAGUAAGAAGCUGAAACAGAUGGAAGUCCAGCUUGAGGAAGAUUAUGAGGAUAAACAGAGAGUUCUGAGAGAGAAGAGAGACCUCGAAUCUAAACUGAUGACCACUCAGGAACAGGUUGGUCAAAGGGACGUUGAGACAGAGAAGCAUCUCAGAAAGGACCUGAAGCGAACAAAGGUUCUGCUGGCUGAUGCUCAGAUCAUGCUGGACCACCUGAAGAGUAACGUGCCCAGCAAAAGAGAGAUUGCCACACUCAAACAUAAGUUGGAGGAGUCGGAGUUUGCCUGUGCAGCCGCAGUUAAAUCACGCAAGUCUAUGGAGCUGGAGAUCGAAGACCUUCAUAUCCAGAUGGAUGACAUCACUAAAUCAAAGAUGUCUCUUGAGGAGCAGGUGAGUCGUCUACAGAGAGAGAAGAAUGAUCUGCAGUCUCGCUUUGAGGAAGAUCAGGAGGACAUGAACGAACUGUUGAAGAAACACAAAGCUGCAGUAGCUCAAUCUACAAGAGAUCUGGCACAGAUCAGUGACCUGCAGACCCAGCUGGAAGAGGCUUUGAAGGAAAAACAAGAGAUACAGGACAAGCUCCACUCCUUGCAGUCACAGCUUGAAUUUCAGGAGCAGUCCAUGGUGGAGAAAUCACUUGUCAGUCGACAAGAAGCCAAAAUCCGUGAGCUUGAGACAAAACUAGAAUAUGAGAGAACCCAGACCAAACACCUGGAGUCUCUUGUAACACGGCUGAAGGAGAACCUGGAAAAAAUGACUGAGGAACGAGAUCAGCGUGUUGCCAGCGAGAACUGGGAGAAGGAUCAGAACAAGCGCAUGCAGCGUCAGAUCCGAGACAUAAAGGAGGAGAUAACAGAACUUUCCAAGAAAGAGGCUGAAGCUAGCCGCAAAAAACAUGAGCUGGAAAUGGACAUUGAAAGCUUGGAAGCAGCCAAUCAGAGCUUACAGGCAGAUCUGAAGUUGGCCUUUAAGCGUAUUGGUGACCUGCAAACCGCUAUGGAGGAUGAAAUGGAAACGGAUGAUGACGAUGACCUCAUCAACAGUGGCGAUGAAUCAGAUAUGGACUCUGAAUUGGAAGACCGUGUGGAUGGGGUGAAGUCAUUGCUCUCCAAGAGCAAGGGAUCCACCAAGACGCUCACUGCUGAUGGAAGUCAGAAGACCUGCAGAUCACACUCAGUGCAACGUGAUGAAGACAGUGCUGGACUGGAGAAAGGACAUGCUAUCAUUAAAGACAGUGAUGGUGAUGCCCAGCCUUCAGAAAGCACAGCGUAGAUAUCAUCUGCUGCUCAUAAGCACUGAAAAGUGCCUCCAUUUACCUCUUAUUUAUGGGCCAUGUUUGAGCUACAGCUCAACCCCCCAACCCCCCUUCUCUCUCUCUCUCUCUCUCUCUCUCUCUUCAUCAGCAAUGUGAUUGAGUAUUUUCUACAUCUUUUCUGCAGCUGCGAAUGUAUUUAUUUAGACCUCACGUGUCUCAAUCAACAGUCCCUCUAAGAAAUAUGAAGUUAUAUAUUGUGUAAAAGAAUGUGAUUUUUAAUCAAAUCUAUGUUUAUUUUGUUUGAUUAGCGUAUCUGUUUUUUUUUAGAUCUUUUUCCUGGCUUCAGGGAAAUGUAUAACACUGCUUUAGUUUGGAGUUAAUGAAAUUGAGGGUUUAUCUUUCUUUCCUUUGUGUCUUUCUUUUAUUAAUUUUCUUUUGAGCUGUUGAUUGUUAAUCUAGCACUGGUUUACAGAACAGAAGGAUGUACGAUCCUAAAUCCCUAUUUGAGUUUAUUUUAAUAUGGGAUGCAUCGUGUUGAGCCUUAAUGACAUUAUCCCUUUAUAACUAUAUAAUUUAACUUACAGCCAAAAUACAGCAUAUUGAUAAUUUAUGGGAAUCGAAUUAUUUCUGACAACGUGUCAGAGUCUGUGUGUGUGGUGUGUCUGCUACUGUAUGUGUGUUUUCCCAUUUUUCUAUGCACUAAAUUAGAAUUAAGUAUUUUAUUAUGGAAAUACAUACAAACAAGGUACUUUUAUCUGUGCAGUGGCUUAUGCAGUAAAAUGCAAAAAUGUAUAAAAGAGCAAUAUCUAUACAAAAAAGAGUUUUACAAUAGUUUUACUGUAAAUAAAAAAAAAUGC